AUGAUUUUGCAUCUCUCAAGUAAAACUGGAUCAAUACCGGCCUCCGAAGAAGACCUGGCAAUAAACACAAUUGACACAUACAACUCACUGAGUUCGUCGCAUGCUCAGACAUUAUUCGACGAGCCUGAGGAAAGUCAACAAUGCUCUCACUCAAAUGCCGCCUACUUGAAUGAAAACGAAAUGCUUGCGUCAAACUUAUCAAGUGAAGUCCAGCAAGAAGAUGUUGAGCUAACAGCUUUGCAAAGUUUUCAAACUCAUGCCGACAGACGCAGACAACGUCUAGCGGCGGAUGCCAAACGAGCAGCAUUUGGAAGGGCUAAGGAGACUGAACACGAGCGCAGCUUACGACUUGCAGCUCUUGCUAAGAGGGCUAGGCUGACAAGAACAGCCGAAUCCGAGGAAGAGAAGUUAGUUCGUCUUGCGAAAAAUGCGGAAAGAGAGAGAGCGAGACGGUUGGCUAUAAAAGAACGAAGUAAAGUUACAAAGAGUGAUGAAAACAAGCAGAAAUCCUCCCAAGAAAGUUCUGUACAACACGGCCAUGGAGAAGGUUUACACCAUCAAUUUCCAAGCACAUCGCGUGCUUAUGGAUCAAAAGCUUUGGAUAUUCAACAAUCACCACCCUCGCACUACUGUGAAGCUGCCAGUGCGGCUGCUUUGAUUGAAGAUCAACUAAUGUCUGAUCCACACGAACAAAAUGGAGAAAAGUCAAGCGAUGAAGAUCCUCGCACAUCCGUAGUUCUAAGUUCCGAUGUAGAAGAAUACCAUGGGGAAUCAGAGCGACUCACCACCACAGAAUUACUCUGUACUACCACCCAACCAGCAAUACGAGCCUUAAAUAAAUUAUCGAUUGUGGAGUGGAUGGAUUGGAUAGUAGCGUAUCCCACUGAAAUGAGCACCUGCCUUGGCUUUAAAAAAUAUCCUAGAUACGUUGCGUCUGUUCACAUUUUUGAAGUGCUUUGUAUUAAUGCGCUCACCAAAACGAAAUUCGCACAGUACGCUACAGGGUAG